AUGAUGUACAGUUACCUCCUGCCCGACUCCACAGUCGCACAGGACUGUGAUUUGAUCUGGAGCUGCAAGCAAAUCAAGGUAGAGCUCUCUACCAUGAUCGUCGCCCGUGCAAGGGAAGUCCUUGAGAAGACUGCGUCGGACGGCGCACGUCUCGGUGCGUCUCUUAGUGCUGUCAACAUCAAUGUAAACUUGGAUUGCACCACAGUAGGACAAACCUUCCCGAGCCAAACGAGCAGCCUUCACGAGCACUGCCCCUUACCUCUUUACGAGAUCCAGGCAGGCCUCAAAGAAGUCUUCUCGCUGCAUCUUCGCUUCGUUACAAUAAUUGUUGCAAUCAAAUGCAUCUUAAUCAAUGCGCGAGUCACGAUAUUCGACUUGAGCUGCAACACAUUCGGGCCGUAUAGAGACCCAGGGUUCCACCUGUACAUUGCCUUCAUAGCAAGGAGACUUCGAAAGUCGGGUCGCGUUAGGUUUGAAUUCCUGGGUCACAAACCACGACCAUCGAAUCGAGGCAUAGCUGGCAUCAAUGGCCGAGUCUUGCCCGAAAGAUGGUUUUUAGUGACGGUGGAAAUCAACCUGUCUGAGCUUCGUAAUCGGCCUCGACGGCCCAAACUUUGGGAGAGGGAAGAUAUCGCAGUAGACAGCCACCCACAAUGUCAACAACUCGAACAGAAGAAUGACUAUGCACCAACCAAGCGCAACCAACUAUGUGCCGAAGAGUGUUCGCUUUUGCUCUCAACUGCCAGAUUUGUUAGCGCAUACGUUGUUUUGUUACACGACUCGGCGACCUCGAGCCGUGCCGCACCCUUGCGUAACGUUACGCUCGAGUAUACAUACAUGCGCGAGAAGUACCCAGCCCUCGAUUUCAAGAUAAAAAUUCCAAAGAUAUGGCAACUAUACUCAACUGAAAUCGAACGCACAAUCGAUCAGCCUGGUCUGAGAAGCGUUAAUGGGUUUCGAUUAAAUAAAUGGUCUCCAAGAGAGCGUCGUAAGCUAGAAGAGAUACGAAUACAAUCUGCAAUGUCGCCUUUCAUUUCUGUCCCACCUGCUCCCAGUUUCGGCAGGAGCACAAUCCCAAGCCCACAACCACCUACAGCCUCCAUGUUUUUGCCAAAGCUCCAGAACGCCCCCAAGACGCAGAGAAAACAAGUCUUUGAAACUCCACCUCCGAUAUACUCACGCGAUAACAUGUCGUUGAAGAACCAACGCAUUCCGGACGAGAGUGUACGUACAUCACGCAAGGAGAGUAUUGAACUCUACAUCCUGGCCGAGAGAUUGCAAGGCAUUGAGACGAAGAACACAGUGAUUGAUGGCAUGUUCCUCUACUUACGAGAAGCGAUCCCGAUGUUUCCCACAACACCAGUAGCCAAAGAUCCAGCGAACGUGGACGCAAGGUUUUUCAAGUGGUUGUACGAAUGUACGCCAGAAAACAGUCCAGCGCGUAGGCUCGCCGUCGAUUUCUACGCCCAGACCGGUCGCGCUGAAUUCGCGCCCUUUCUUCUAUUUUCCAAUGGCAUACUAACUGCUGUGCAGCUUUACGUCUAA